UCCGAAGCCGAGGAGGUGAACGGGCAAACAUGGCCGUCUGACAAAACAUUCCAGACAUAGCAGCGAUCAACGACGUCGUGUCCGUGUCGCUUUCGCUCGGGCAUGUUGGACGGCGGCGGCCACGGAGCAACGUCAUCCUGACCGAAGUUUCUCGCCGUACGGGUGACGCAACGACGUCGACGCGAACGAGGGGGCUGGAGAGAGCGCGGAAGGUGCGCGGAACUCCAUUCGCCAGAGUUCGUCUGUGGGGGAAAAAAAAAAGUAACGUAAUAGGUGCACAGGACGGCGAGGACGGUCCCGCUGGCGAUCGCGAGGGUGAUCGGAUUUCGGAUUGCUUUCACGGCCGAGACGCGGUGUGCAUUGUGCAAAUCGCGAGACGAUCGCGAACCGAUCUGCGACGUGUUGCUCUACGAACGAGGACGAGAUAGAGAGAAAGAGAAAGAGAGAGAGAGAGAGAAAGAUAUAUAUAUACACAUAUAUAGAUAGAAAGAGAGACAGAGAUAGAGAUAAAAGACAGGAAUUGAUCGCUCGAGAUCAUGACGAUUUUAUCGAAGAAGAAGGCGAAUGCGCCGAAGGAUAGGACGCGCGAGGGAGGCGCCGGACCCGAGGUCGACGUUCAUCACGGGGUAGUGCAGAACGAGCACAGUUCCGGCAACAUCGCGCUCCCGAACAGUCCUUAUCAGGUACGGGGCGCCAGCGGAUUUGCCGUCGACCUGCACGGAGUCCAAAGCGAUCAUGGUUCCCACAGCGGUUCCCUCGUGUUGACCGGCAACUCAUACGAGACAAAUGUCGACCGCCGCGAAGACAAACAUUUUGAAGAUGGGAGUGGCCCGAGUCAUGGUAAACGUCACAGACAGAGAGUCAGUCCCCACAGCUGUAUUGGUAGACCUUCGCGCACAAAGCGUGAACGUGAGAGGGAUAGAGGCAGAGAAAGAGAGAGAGAAAGAGAGCGCGAGAGGCAGGCUACUCCACCUGCUGCUUCUUGCAAUGGCUCGCAAGGCACGGAUACUAGCGUAAGUGGAAGAGUAAGCAUUGUCGGAAAUGCCUCGAAUUUGGAACAUGAACAGGCAAAUGGCUACAAUAGCGGAGAUGAAUAUACAGGACGUACCGAAAAUAAUCUUACGUUAGCCGAAUGGCAGGAUAGAGAUAGAAAGUUUGAGAAGCGCCUCAAGAAAAAGGGUCUUGUGUUAAAAAAGAUGGCCGAGGAUGGAGCUUGCUUAUUUAGAGCGGUAGCAGAUCAGGUUUACGGUGAUCAGGAAAUGCAUGGAAUUGUCCGAAAGCAUUGUAUGGAUUAUAUUGCUUCCAAUCAGGAGUUUUUCUCGCAUUUUGUGGCAGAAGAUUUCAGCACCUAUGUAGACAGGAAGAGACAAGAGUAUGUGCACGGGAAUCAUAUAGAAAUGCAAGCUAUGUCAGAAAUGUACAACCGUAGUAUCCAAUUAUAUUGUUACAGCACUGAACCUGUCAAUAUUUUUCAUACUAUGGUGGAAAGUGAUAACGAACCAAUCAGGCUGUCGUAUCAGCGUGGCAGUCAUUAUAACAGUAUAGUUGAUCCAUUUAAAGCUACUAUAGGUGUUGGACUUGGUUUGCCAUCAUUUAAUCCCGGUGCUGCUGAUCGCGCUCUGAUAUCGGAUGCAGUUCGUCAAAGUGAGGAAUUGCAUAUCGAACAGACAAUGUUGGAGGAUAAAAUAAAAGCUACCGACUGGGAGGCGACUAAUGAAGCUAUCGAAGAGCAAGUAGCACGAGAAAGUUAUUUACAAUGGUUGCGUGAUAAUGAGAUGCGUAAGGCACGAUCAGCCAGUAGUAGCAGUACGAGCACAGUUACGAGCGCGCAACAUAAUCAUUCACACUUUCAUUCACAUGGAGGUCGUGGACAGCAGCGUAGCCAUACCUCUUCUCCGACCACGACACAAACUAGCCAAGAUAAUUUACGUAAUUCUCCAAAGGUUAGCGAUGCGGUACGAUACAGCAAGAGAUCGCCGCAACAUCAAUCGACUCAAGGAUCUAGCAUAUCCCAUCUGCCAUCGGAUUUCGAGGUGAAAAUGAUGCCGCAAGAGCCUGUGCCUGGAAGCAGUAAGGAAGCAAAUGCGUCACCUGACAUUUCAUUGUUCAAUCGCCUUCCUCCCGAAGUAUUUGGCCUGACGGAUUGGGAAGAUAGCCAAAUACUUUCACAAGUGCUGGCGACGUCGCAACAAGAGUACUUGGAUAGCCUGAAGCAGUCACGCGUGUCCGCGUCCACCGGAAACGAUAGCGCCAAUACGAUAGAGUCUAGUAACAGUUCUAUUAACAAUUCUUGAAAUGCGGUCGGCAACGACAAAGUUCAAAAGAUAUCAGAGUAAAGAUAUAUACAUUUAUAUAUUGCAAUAUCAUCUAAUCCCAUAUUGUGCUAGGACAUAAAGCGAUUUGCUUUCUUAUUCGUGAGUAAAUGUUGCAAUAAUCACUAUUUUUGGUUUUCUUUUCCAUCGUUUAUCUUCGUCUCUCUCAACAACACAUAACAUACGUAUGGGACUUUCUUCGAGUACGUACGUUAUAUCGUUAGACGCUUUGUUAACACUUACAAAGUAGCUGCGUAUCUUAAUUUUUCGUUGUGGGUAUCUUUAUAUUAUAGAAUGGAUCAAAAAAUAACUUGCAUCGUUUCUUUCAAAAUUAUUACUGGUAAGAAAGAAAUUUCUUAGUUUUUGUUAUAAUAACCACUAUCGCGAUCUAUGUUAUACUCCUCUUUGGAGUUUGACAUUUAUCUCACCGUAAAGUAUGCAAUCCGUUUAGACAGAAUAUAUAUUGUUUGAUAAUCGUGAUGUUUUCUCUUGAUAUAGUUUAGGUCACGACGCUUUAAAGAAAUCUGCAUUGCAUUAUUUGUAAAAAAGGAGUAAAUAAAACAUCAUUUAAUU